AUGCGUCUUGUCAAGAACAAGAUUGAGCACGAUGGCUCCGGCACCGUCACAUUGUUCCCCGAGGAGCCCGAAGACAUGUGGCACGCAUACAACCUUAUUCGACCCGGAGACCUUCUACGCGCAAGUGCUAUCCGCCGAGUCACCUCAACCCAAGACACUGGAUCGACGUCAUCCGCACGAGUACAUUUAAACCUUGAAAUCCGGGUGAAGAACCUUGAUUUCGAUCCCCAGAGCUCGCAACUUCAUGUCUCAGGUCAGAUUGUGAAUGAGACUGCGCAUACCAAGAUCGGACAAUUCCACACCCUUGACUUGGAAUUGAAUCGCAACUUCACGUUAGAAAAAGAUGUCGGCUCGGAUGGUGAGGGUGUUGGGUGGGAUAGCAUUGCGGUCGAAAUGCUUAAGGACGCCGUGGAUGAGGGUGGGAAACGUCGUGCAGAGGCAGUCGCCGUUGUGAUGCAGGAGGGAUUGGCACAUAUCUGCUUUAUUGGCCAGUUCCAGACAAUAUUAAAGCAGAAAAUUGAGAUGUCUGUACCGAGGAAACGGCAGGGUGGAGGAGAUCAUGAUAAAGGCAUGGGCAAGUUCUACCGCGUCACACUCGAAACACUCCUCCGACAGAUGGAGUUCAAUACCAGCAUUACAUCCGGCUCAAACAAUGAGACUGUGAGACCUAUUCUACUAGCUUCACCCGGAUUCGUCGCGGCGGGAUUUCACAAAUACAUUCAAACAGAAGCAACAACAACACCCGCUCUCAGAAGACUCCUAUCUAGUGUCGUGGUUGUGCAUUCGGCAUCAGGAUAUAUGAACUCUUUAUCCGAGGUUCUCCAGUCCCCAGCUGUGAAGACACUUUUGGCCGAUACAAAGUACGCGCGCGAGACCAAAUUAAUGGACGAUUUCUUGGAUCAAUUGCGCAAAGAGACGAACAAGGCUACAUACGGUCCACGUGAGGUCGAGUCAGCGGUUGAUCAGGGCGCUGUGGGCCGUGGCGGUGGAGUAUUAAUCAUGUCCAACCGGUUGUUCAGAUCGCAAAAUAUCGGGGAACGGAAACGAUGGGUCGGACUCGUAGAUCGGGUUCGUGAUGUGGAGGGUGGUGAGGUGCGAAUUCUCAGUUCCGAUCAUGAGAGUGGAAAGCGCCUUGAGGGACUUGGAGGUAUCGCGGCGCUUUUGACAUUCCCUAUUUGUGAUGAAGGUUUCGAUUCCGACGACGAUGCCUAA